GCACGCCGGCUAUUUCUCCUCCUCCCCCUCUCCACUCUCCAGUUUCCGUUUCGCUUCCUCGCGAUACUCUCGCAUACAUUUCCCACCCCGGAAAUGGCCACAACCCCUUGAGGCAAGCAGUAGAACCCACCCGCGGCUCGCUCCAGCAGCCCCCCCCCAUCGACGCCGUUGGCGAGCGAGCGCACAGGCGCGCGUCGCACCACGUCAGCCACCCACCCACCACCGUCCUCAGCUCCGGUGUGCAGAGCCGUUCCGCUGGAUGGCCUCGCGCCAGUAGAAUCCGUCCGGCACUUUCUACCCCACCCCCACCCCACCUAACCGGCCGCGGCCGGGUUUGACCGAGAUCGGCAGGCGGCCGCCGGCGUCUGGCUCGAUCGAUCCGCCUCGUCUCAGUCCUAGGUAUGGCGGCGGUGGCGGAGGGAUCGGCAUCUGCGGCGGCGAAGGAGGUGGAGUACCAGGCGGGCGUGCAGAAGCUGGUGGACCUGCUGUCCAAGCUCAACCCGGCCGCCAAGGAGUUCGUCCCCUCCGCGGCCGCGUCGCCGCCCAAGAAGGCGCUGUCGGCGGAUGCGCCGGUGUUCGAUUACCGCUCCAUCGGAGGCGGGAAUGGGGCCACCGACGCUGCCUUUUACGUCGGGUUUGGGAACCAGCACCGCAGGAGGGGGAAUGGAUACAUCAACCAAGGAAGGAGGAGGACAAAUGAUAGGGUGAGGCGUGCAGAGAGAGAGGACAGCAUUAGGCGAACUGUUUAUGUCUCUGAACUUGACCAUACUGUGACAGAGGAGAGACUUGCUGAUAUCUUUGCUACCUGUGGGCAAGUUGUUGAUUGCAGAAUUUGUGGUGAUCCCCACUCAGUUCUUAGGUUUGCAUUUAUUGAGUUCUCUGAUGAAGAGGGCGCGAGAACUGCACUUAACCUUGGAGGCACAAUUUUUGGUUUCUACCCUGUUAGAGUUUUGCCUUCAAAGACAGCUAUCUUACCUGUUAAUCCAAAGUUUCUUCCCAGGACGGAAGAUGAGAAGGAAAUGGUCAUGCGAACUGUCUAUUGUACAAACAUAGAUAAGAUGGUUACUCAAUUAGAUGUAAAGAAAUUCUUUGAAGAACUUUGUGGUGAGGUCUCUCGGUUGAGACUUCUAGGGGAUAAUGUACAUUCCACAAGGAUUGCUUUUGUUGAGUUUGUCCAUGCUGAGGGUGCCAUCAUGGCUCUGAAUUGCAGCGGGAUGAUUUUGGGAACUCUGCCUGUCAGGGUGAGCCCUUCUAAGACUCCGGUGAAGCCACGUGUAAAUCGAGUGGGACCUAACUGACUCUGCGUAAGCUGAACUGGAUUUGUUCACGGGAAGGCAUCGCCAUAAGAUGAAGGCUUCCGCGGUCCAGUGCAUCAUGAUGCAUUUGCUUACAUCCUUACAAACAUUCUCUUUGUACCCUUUUGCAAACCUGCUGGAAGGGAACUGGUUAGAUCAGGCCCUUUUAUAGCCAACAUUCGGUUCUCUUGUUUCAUUCGGCAUGAUGGAACCAUUGAGAAUGACUAUUCGGCAAUCAGCCAUCAACGUAACUUAUGUUAAUGCUGUUAGACUAAUUGGUAUUUUGAUGCCUUA